UUCAUUGUGCUAGCUUGUGUCUGAUGAGCACCCAGUGUGAGGCCUUCAACUGGGCCGUCAACACCUCCCUCAACAACUGUCAACUCAUCCAGUAUCCAGUAGCUGUUAGUCUCGUCCAGGACAAAGGCUAUGAUGUCUACAUGGACAAGGAAGUAGCGGUGCCAGUGAGGCAGAACGUCUAUGGUGUUUGGGGCACCUGGUCGCAAGAUAUGAUGUGUCAGGCUGGCAGCUAUGUGUAUGGUUACUCUGUGUGGUAUGAUUAUUAUGAUGGGUCAAGCAUGACGCCAGAUGACUGUGGUGUGACUGGGGUGAUGUUCCUGUGCAGGACCCAACAAGAAACUCCCUCCAAGAACUUUUCCUACAAACAGCUCAUAGCUGCUGGCGUUCAAAAGGACACAGUUACAUGCAGCGUUGGAAACUUCAUCCAAGACAUCAAGAUCAGGUUCGCGCCCCCGAAGGGAAGCAAGUUAGACGAUGAUGCCUUGAACAACGUCGAGUUUCGCUGCCAGGACAACACUGUACUGAACAGCAUCGGUACUGUCACAGACAGUUCGACAGGGACCUGGAGUAACUGGACUUCGUGUGUACCAGGGACGGUCCUGUGUGGAGCCAGGGUCAUGUACGAGGCCCUGGGACAGAGUGACAACACAUGCUGUAAUGAGAUAUUAAUGCUAUGCUGUUUCCUGUAGUGGCCACUUCCCAAUAUAUAUAGGUCGUGCCGAAUAGGUAAAAUUGGUCAGUUAGCAAGAAUUCAUUUAAAAUUAAGUCCUUACUAAAAUUUUCUAUAAAACAUAUAUAUUUUUUUCUUUUAUGUUAAUGUAAAAAUUAAUAAUUUUGUACCAAAAGAACCUUACAAAACUUACCUAACCUUAUUAUAAAAAGCGUAAUUU